AUGAAGGAUCCAACUGGGAAACCAGCUGGGCUUUCAAACAAAGCUGCAGGACGACUGACACAAAUUUCUGCACAUGUCUCGAAGACUAGUACACAAAGUCCCACCCUUCAAAAUGAUAAAUCAGAUCACAGUCUGCCUGCAGACCAUUCCGACAUCCUCACAACGCUCUCCACCUUAAGGCAAAUCGCAAGCACGCCCGAUCCAACUCGACGAGGCUAUGUGCGCCAGAAACAAGCCGGUAAAUUGUGGGUUCGUGAACGAAUAGACCAACUCCUCGACCCGGGCACAUUCCGAGAAGUCGGCUCUGUUUCCGGUACAGUGAAAUGGGAACCCAUCGAGGGAUACGCGCGAGAACGACCCAUCAGUUUCAUACCGAGCAAUAAUAUCCAGGGUACCGGAAAGUUGCAAGGAAGAGAUGUGCUACUCACAGCCGAUGACUUCAGUAUUCGUGGUGGACAUGCGGAUGGUGCGACGAUUGAGAAAACGGUGUAUAUCGAGAAAAUGGCCAUUGCGUUAAAGUUGCCGGUAAUCAAGCUGGUGGAUGGCAGUUCGGGAGGAGGAAGUGUUACAACGAUCAAAAGGGUCGGUUGGAGUUAUCUACCGCAGAUUCCGCAUCUGCGUCAGGUCGUGCAGCAGCUGAAUAUGGGGAUUCCGAAUCUUGGGGCUGUUGUUGGACCAGCGAUUGGGUUAGGAGCCGCGAGAGUCGUAGCAUGUCAUUUCAGUGUCAUGGCCGCAGAUAUCGGUAGCUUGUUCAACGCAGGACCAAAAGUCGUCGAAGGCGCGACAUUUGAGGAAGGGCUUGACUUUCAAGAUCUGGGCGGACCAUUGAUGCACUGUACCAAUGGUACAAUUGAUAACUUAGCAGCCAACGAGGUGGAGUGCUUUCAACAGAUUCGUACUGUUUUAGGAUACUUGCCAAACUCGGGACUUGAAGCGCCGCCUGUCAUACCCUGUAAUGAUCCUGAAAACAGAGAAGAUCUAUCAUUGCGAAGUAUUAUACCUCGAAGACAGGCACGAAUGUACAACUCAAGGGCCAUCAUCGACAUCGUCGUUGACCAGAAUUCGUGGUUUGAAAUAGGAGCGCUUUGGGGCAAGACGGCGAUAAAUGGUUUGGCCCGUCUAGCAGGACAUCCGGUGGGCAUCAUUUCCUUGAAUUGCGAGGUGAAUGGAGGUGCCUUAGAUGCGCAGGGAAGUCAGAAGUUAACACGAUUCUUGAAAUUAUGUGAUGUUAUGAACAUUCCCGUGGUGCAAUUUGUCGACGUUCCCGGAUACGCCAUCGGGACAAUCGCCGAACGCACGGCUACAAUGCGCUGGGGCGUCGAAUUAGCAAAAGCGUACUAUAGCACCACGAUGCCCAUAUUCAGCGUCAUUACGCGACGUGUAUUCGGUGUAGCCGGAGGCAUCAUGAUAGGAGCACGCGAUCCACCAAUGCAAGUAGCAUGGCCAUCAGGACAUUGGGGGUCAUUGCCUUUAGAUGGCGGUAUUGAAGUUGGACAUCGCCACGAACUGAUGGAAGCAGAGAAAGCGGGUAACAAGGCCGAGGUGUAUCAAGCGCUCGAGGAAGAGUAUAAACGACUUAUGAAUCCCGUGAGAACGGCGAAUGCGUUUGGCGUAGAGGAAAUUAUUGACCCAAAGGAUACAAGAGCUAUAUGCUGUGCUUGGAUACGCCAUAUGUAUGGAAUUAAUAUGAAGGAGAGAUUGGCUAAUCGAAUGUCUGGGAAGCUCCAGACUUCAUUUACUUGA